UGGAAACUCAACUGAGACUCCGCCCCCGGCGCCUCCGCACGCCCCCGCCUCCCCCCAAUCGGAGGGGGCGGGGCGGGGUGAGAGUCAGGUGACCGGGCGGGCGGGGGCGCGAGCUAGCCGGCGGGCAGCGGCGGAGGCGGCGGCUGUGCUGCCCGGGGCCCGGAGGCGGUGUCCGAGGCGGCGGGGGUGCUCUUGGCUUGCUUGUGGCUGGGGGGCUCACGGGCACGGCCACGCCAUGGGGGGCCUGAAGGAGGAGCUGCUCAAGGCCAUCUGGCACGCCUUCACCGCGCUUGACCUGGACCGCAGUGGCAAAGUCUCCAAGUCUCAGCUCAAGGUUCUGUCCCACAAUCUCUGUACGGUGCUGAAGGUUCCCCACGACCCCGUGGCCCUGGAAGAGCACUUUCGGGAUGACGACGAGGGGCCUGUCUCCAAUCAGGGCUACAUGCCGUAUUUAAACAAGUUCAUCCUGGAAAAGGUUCAAGGAAACUUUGACAAGAUUGAGUUUAAUAGGAUGUGUUGGACGCUUUGUGUCAAAAAAAACCUCACCAAAAGUCCUUUGUUCAUCAGUGAAGAAGAUUCAUUUAAAGUGUGGGUUAUUUUCAACUUUUUAUCUGAGGAUAAAUACCCAUUAAUUAUUGUGCCUGAAGAGAUUGAAUACCUGCUUAAAAAACUUACAGAAGCAAUGGGGGGAGUUUGGCAGCAAGAAGAAUUUGAACAUUACAAAAUCAACUUUGAUGCUACUCGAGAUGGUCUUUCUGCAUGGGAAUUAAUUGAACUUAUUGGAAGUGGACAGUUUAGCAAAGGCAUGGAUUGGCAGACAGUAUCGAUGGCAGUUAAUGAAGUUUUUAAUGAACUUAUAUUAGAUGUACUGAAACAGGGUUACAUGAUGAAAAAAGGCCACAGAAGGAAAAAUUGGACUGAACGUUGGUUUGUGCUUAAACCCAACAUCAUUUCUUAUUAUGUGAGUGAGGAUCUAAAGGAUAAGAAAGGAGACAUAAUUCUGGAUGACAGUUGCUGUGUAGAGUCCUUACCUGACAAGGAUGGAAAGAAAUGUCUUUUCCUAAUAAAAUGCUUAGAUAAGACGUUUGAAAUCAGUGCCUCGGAUAAGAAGAAAAAGCAGGAGUGGAUUCAAGCCAUUCACUCUACUCUGCACUUGUUGAAGCUGGGAAGUCCGCCCCCUCACAAGGAGGCCCGUCAGAGGCGGAAGGAGCUGAGGAAGAAGAUGCUGGCGGAGCAGGAGGAGCUCGAGCGGCAGAUGAAGGAGCUCCAGGUGGCCAACGAGACCAAGCAGCAGGAGCUGGAGCAAGUGAGAAAGAAACUGGAAGAAGCUGCGUCUCGUGCUGCAGAAGAGGAGAAGAAACGCCUUCAGACUCAAGUGGAACUACAAGACAGGUUUAGCCUGGAGCUGGAAAGAGAGAAACUAAUCCGGCAGCAGAUGGAAGAACAGGUGGCCCAGAAGUCAUCGGAACUGGAGCAGUAUCUGCAGAGGGUCCGCGAGCUUGAGGACAUGUACCUGCAGCUGCAGGAGGCCCUGGAAGACGAGAGGCAAGCUCGCCAAGACGAAGAGACGGUCAGGAAGCUCCAGGCCAGGCUGCUGGAAGAAGAGACCUCUAAGAGAGCCGAGCUGGAACGCUGGCACAUGGAGCAGCAGCAGGCCAUCCAGACCACCGAGGCGGAGAAGCAGGAGCUGGAGAACCAGCGGCUGCUCAAGGAGCGCGCGCUGCAGGAAGCCAUGCAGCAGCUGGAGCAGCUGGAGCAGGAGAGGAAGCAGGCCCUGGAGCAGUAUGAGGGAGUCAAAAAGAAGCUAGAGAUGGCAGCUAGAAAGACGAGGAGCUGGAAGGAUAAGGUGGCCCAGCAUGAGGGACUCAUUCGAUUGAUAGAACCAGGUUCAAAAAAUCCUCACUUAAUUACAAACUGGGGACCAGCCGCCUUCACUCAAGCAGAGCUUGAAGAACGAGAAAAGAGUUGGAAAGGGAAGAAGAGCACAGAGUGACUGCCUUGGGCCCGGAGGUCAGGGGGAGCCGGGAGCUUUGUGCCAAAGACCACGUGGCGUGUGGCCCCGCGGCGAUCGCCUUCGUGCCGCCGGCUGGGCCAGCACGCCAAGGAAGCUGCUUCUUUGUGCGCCUUUUGCGUGAGGGCAGCAGAAGCAGCAUCACAGAUGUCCUUCCUUGUCUGCUGGCCCUCAUUCCCCACCCCUAGAAGACAGCUCUCGUUUUCCCUCCCACGUGGAGAAGAACCACGUUUUGGACAGUCUACGGCAGCGCACUGUCUCCAGAUAGACCUUUGUCUUUGUCACGUAUCCUCCUGCGGCUGGUGAUGUGGGAACCUCUGCUGCGCAGGAAGCUGAACGAGCCUUUAACGUUAUCCCGAUCACUGGCCCACUGAUGCUCUGCCUUUUGAAUGUGGUUAUAAUCAUGGUGGGUGGGAACCAGCUUCUGACACUCAUCAUGGCUUUUGGAGAGAAUCCAGCUUUCAUUUCUGCGAAUCUUUUUCUUCCCCACCUAACAAUAAAUGGAGAAGGAGUCAUGGCCAGACAGCCAGCCCCCUAACCUCCACAUCACAGCGAUGUUUCCCUUGGGAUGGGAGUUCAGUGCUUCCUCCCUUGCCUCGGUGAAGAGGCUUCCAUGAAAACAGCUUCCAUGAAACUCUUGUGAGAGUCCCCACAGCUCAUCACUUUGUGGCCGGCUUCAGGGACUGAGCCUCUCCGCACUCAGGCUCGAGACCUUCCCAGUAUCAUAGGAUACUCCAGACCGGGCUCCGGUUUGACUAGCAGAGCCUUCAAGAACCCAGGCUCGUUUUCAUGCCAUCCUGCGGCAUCAGAGGAGUGUGAUAGUGGGAGGCGCAUGUUAAUAAUAUUAAACUAUUCUGAACCGUCAUGCAUGCAGAUUUAUGUUACUUUAGACAAAUGUAGAUACACUCGAAAAGGUUAUAAUCCUAUAAGUUACUGCCUCUUAUCUGAGUAAAAGACAUUAACCGACGCAAUGCCCUUACCGAGUUUUAAUCACGUUGCCUUUGGCAAUUAAUUGGAGCAUAGGUUUUAUUUAAUGUUCACUUCUUCCUGCUUUUGUAAGCCUUAUUUCCUAAUUUUUAAAAGUUACUUCUCAUUAGGAUCUUUGAAAAUUUGCAGAUACAGUAUGGGUUUCUGUUUUCUUCUAGCCAGAUAUUUAUCAGUAUUAUUACUUUGUUUAUUCAGUAAUGUAUUUUACAGAUUUGGAAUGAGGUGUGGGGUCGGCCUUUUGAAGUCAACCUAAAGUCUACCAAUAAGAUCUUCAGAUGUGGAAGAGGAGAGAUAAUUUUCUCUUACUUUGAUUAAGGAGCCUAUAUACGACUCCAGUAUAACAAUAACUAAUAAGGAACCAAGACUUUCCAAAGAAGUAUAAAGCACUGGAUGAAAAAAUGCUUUCCCUCGAGGAAAACGCGUUGGUUUUGGCUUUUAAAGAAAGUCUGGUAGAGGCCCUUGCUCCCUGCUGCGGUGCCCCAGCUUUUCCGAAGCAGACAGACUGUGGCCCCCACGGCUCAGCCCCCUUAUUGCUGCCUUUUUUUCUCAGCCCGCUUCUGCUCGCUUGGCUCCCUCAAGCUUUAACUUCAUUCUAACCCUGACCAAGUUGAACAUCAGUGUCGGAGAGCUUCAGUGGACAUCUGUCAUCUGCGCUGUGUGUAGUAGUCAUACACCCUAGUUAUCGUGGAAAAGAAGCAUCAUGUUAAUUUAAUUGAAUCGUGGACAACAUGGAAAUGACUUAGUUCAGUUCAUAACAGUUUUAUAAAAUUUAAAAGAAAGGAUAGCCUCACCUCUUUCCAACAGGUUUUCCCCCAGAGUUUGCUGAAAUGCCUCUCAGGCGGGCCAGCCAGCUCUGUGCCCAGCCCAGGGAGGAAGUUUUUCUUGAUUUCAAGCUUUUAUUUGCUUCUUUGCAAACUUGACUGGCUGGUCUAAUCCAUCUUCCCCCUGACAGUCCUUCAGCCACUUGGAGACAGCCGCCAUAACUCCUCCCUCCAGGCUCUACAGCCAGACCUGAUAUACAUGAACCCCAUCCUCAUUGGUCUGAGAUCAACUGCUCUGUGUGGCAGAGCACCCUGAAAUUUCCAGUGGGAUCUGGAUGUGCCGUUGGUUUCCUAAAUGACCAGCAGUGUGAUUGUUUAACAGGGAAAGAGCUCAGAAAAUGCAGGUGAUGAAAAGGUUAAUGUACUUUUGUGUUCUGUUGGAUCUGAGGAUGCAGUGGAAGAGUAUGUUCUAAUAUACAAGCAAUCUCAUUGUUGAAACACUGUAAGAUUGGGGACAUUCAAUUUGUUUAACUUUUGCUAAUUUUCCUAAAAUAUUUGUGAAAUGUUUUAUAUUGUUUUUUUUUUUAGGAAAACAGACCAAAUGAGAACAGGAAAAAAAAAAUACAUGAAUGACAUGAUUUUAGAACUGUCCACAUUAAUAAAAUGGUGAGGGAAAGUACUUUGUGUUUUAUUAUCUUUUUAAAAAAAUUUUUAAUAGCAUUUUAUUUUUCCAAAUAUAUGCAAAGAUAAUCUUCAGCAUUCACCUUUGCAAAACAUGUGUUCCAAAUUUUUCUCCCUCCCCCCCAGACAGCAAACAAUCAGAUAUAUAUUAAACUGUGUAUUUCUUAAUAAAGAAAUAUUUGCAUGUG